AUGGACCAAACAUAUCAAGGAGGUCAAUCCUCCCCGCGCGACUCACGAGAAUCGCGAGAACCAACACUUCACCUCCCUCUAACAACCGACCCUCCAACUCCCUUGAACCCUCCCAAACCCCUAGUAUGGCUGAUCUUCGGCGCAACCGGACACAUGGGUCGCUCCCUAGUGAAAACGACCCUCUCCCAUAACGAUCUAGUAGCAGCCGUAGGCCGCACUUACGAAAACAGCCCAGAAGCAAUGAAAGAGCUGGAAUCCGAACACGAGAACUGUAUGGGUCUCCUCUGCGACGUGCGCGUCCGCGAGACCGUCCAAAGAGUCAUCGACCAGACAAUCGCCCGCUUCGGUCACAUAGACGUGAUAGCCAAUUGCUCCGGUUAUGGCGUCAUCGGCGCCUGCGAAGACCAAGACGAGUUCGACAUCCGCAACCAAUUCGAAACAAACUUCACAGGAACCCUGAACAUGAUCCAGCUGUCGCUGCCGCAUUUUCGCCAGCGCCGCGCUGGCAGAUACCUUAUUUUCAGCUCGACCUCUGGCGCCCUCGGCGUGCCUGGUCUCGGUCCCUACUGUGCGUCCAAGUAUGCUGUUGAGGGCCUCAUGGAGAGUAUGCUAUAUGAGGUUGAUAGUUUCAAUAUUAAGGGCACGCUUGUGGAGCCCGGGCAUAUGCGCCGUGAUGAUAUUGGGGAUUUGGUCUCGCCGUCGGCUAUGGCGGCCAAUCCGUCGGAGCAUAAUUUGUCUUCGCCGUUACCGCUCUAUGGCCACUUUUUGGUCAAGCCGCCCAGUGAGCCGUAUAAUACUCCCACGAGUCCUGCUGCGCAUGCGCGUCGUAUGUUGAUGUGGUUGGGGGAUAAGCAACCUGCUAGUGCUGUUAAGGCGGCGCAUUUGGUUUGGCAGCUGGGUCAUUGCUCGUAUCCACCGCUGAGGCUGAUUUUGGGAACUUAUGCUGUGGAGAGUAUUCGGGAUCGGUUGAAGUGUAUCAUUGAGGAAAUUGAGGAUUGGAAACAUCUCAGCUUUCCGUUGGAGACGCCUGGGCGGGAUCGGUCGUUUUCUGAGACCCGGGGUGAAAUGGGUGGUUGA